AAAUAUGCUUCUGUGUGUGAACAGACCGAAGUGAGUGAAGUUGUUCCCAAAAUGCAGGUCGAAGAUAAAAAUGGUUUCAGUAUCAAAUAUGAAAAAAAUCUUGAAAUAAAGAAAGAUGAAGAUUAUCCUUUAAAACUGAAGAAAUCUGUAAAAGAAAUUAUUCAAAAAGAAGGUUUCACUGAUAAUAAAAUAACUGUAAGAUCAAUUCCUAGUGAUGGUGGUAAUUGUUUAGCCAAAUUGUUCGAAAUAAAUAUUAAUGGCAAAACCAAAGAGGGAAAUAAAAAUAUGGAUAUUUUUGUGAAACAGAUAUUGUCUGAUCAAAUGCUUACAAUGUUUUCUAUUACUGACGCGUACAUAAAAGAAGUGUUCGCUUACAGUGAACUGCUUAAAAUUUAUGACAAACUACAGAUUGAAGCAAAAAUUCCCUAUGAGGAACGGUUCAAAUUCGUGAAAUGUUACGAGGAAACUGACAGAGAAUUUAUUAUUUUGGAAGAUAUAUCCAAAAAGGGGUUCACUACUCCAGAUCGUCUGAAACCUAUAUCAUUGGAUUUUGCUAAACUGUCAAUUGAACAAAUUGCAAAAUUUCAUGCCCUCUCUUUUGUCCUGGAAAAGAAACACCCCGAUUAUUUUAACAGAAAAGUGAAAUGUCAAAAACACUGUUUUACUUUUGACGAAGAAUGGAAUAAAUUCAUUGAUAAUUUUUGUAGAAUUUCAAUGAAAAGUCUAGAUCACGAAAUGAAGAAAAAAGUGGAAAAUAUAAUUCCUAAAAUACUAGAGAAAUAUCCUGAUUACCAUCUGAACACAAAUACUUUGUGUUGUUUGUGCCACGGUGAUUUUAGAUCUAAUAACGUUAUGAUGAAGAUGAAUGACGACUUAGUAGAAGAAGUAAUGCUGCUAGACUUCCAGAUAAUAGAAUACAGCUGUCCCCUCAACGAUCUGUUCUAUUUCAUAUUCUCCACGACAGACCAGCAAUUCCGCAAGGAUCAUUUGGAAGACCUCAAAAACUUAUACCAUGAUACACUUGGUGAUUUCUUAAUGUACUUUGACAUGGAUGUUAACGACUAUUUUCCGAGAAAGACCUUCGAUAGAUUAUACAAGGAAAGAUUAGACUUUGGCUUACUGACAGCAGUUUGGUUUCUGCCUAUCGUUCUAGCCGAUCAUGACGAUGCACCAGAUUUUUCAAGCCAAUCAGCAGCGGAAAUGAAUUUUAAAACAGAUGGAAGUAUGAAAGGUAGACUGGAGGGAAUCUUACAUGAUUUCAUACAGUGGGGUUAUUUAUGAGUGGCUACGAUUCCAUACUAAUAUCACUUUUAUGAUUAAGGUUGUUAGCUCUAGUUUAGAUUAAAAUCUAAUUAAGACACGAUUUCUUUGGGUAACAUUCAUGUUUUUGAAUUGAUAUUUGUGUGUAGUGCAUGUGGUUUUUAAUUGUUAAUAAAUAUUUGUAGUUCUAAAUAUAGAUCCUAAUGUAUUUCCCAACACAGAUCGAUCUCAUCCAAAUUCUUACUCAGAGUUAAACCAGUCGAAUCUUGACUAUUCCGGUUUGAUCCGGUUUAUACCCGUAUUCUUGGUGCCACAGGUGCAGUGUCAUAAGAUCACAAACUAUCGAUAAUCAAUUGGUAUUUUCUCUUCUAUUACUGCAAUUUAACAUGUUUUUAAGUAUUAAAAAUUAAUUAAUAUCGUUUGUA